AUGGCAGAAGAUGAAACAAAAGCUUUGAAGGAGUUCACGGCUCCUACUGCACUCACAACAUCAUCUUGCAUUGUUGUGGCUCCUAUUCCUCAAGGAGUGCGUUUUGAGAUUAGACCAGUAACAAUCCAGAACAAGGCAAGAAAGUGGCUAAGCUCUCUUCCCCCUGGUUCCAUCAAUACUUGGGAUGAUUUGGUUAAAAAGUUCUUGUUGAAAUUCUUCCCAGCUAAGAAAACCAAUGCUCUCCAAGCAGAAAUUUUUGGCUUAUCUCAACCUGAAGGAGAACCUUUUUAUGAGAGUUGGGAGCGUUAUAAGGAUUUGUUUUUGAAGUGUCCUCACCAUGGAUUUUCUAAACCCCAAAAGCAAUAUGAUCCUUAUACAUCAGUGCCCAAAAGAGGAGGACUAUAUGAGGUUAGUGCAAGUACUAAGUUGGAAGAGCAAGUGGCAACCUUGGCGAGACAAAUGAAGAGUCUUACUCCUCUGUUAAAUAAGGCUGCAAGGGAGACAUGUGCUUCGUGUUCAAGUAUUGCACAUACCACAGAGGCUUGUCCUGAAAAUUUCUUCCAAGAUGAGCAAGUCAACAUGGUGAAUAAUUAUAGAAGGCCUGUGAAUGAUCCUUUUUCAAAUACAUAUAAUCCAGGUUGGAGGCAACAUCCAAAUUUCUCUAAUAGUAAUAAUAAUCAAGUGCAAAUGCCAAGGAAUCCUCCCAUGCAAAAUUAUCAAGGGCCAAUUGAACAAAAGAAACCAUCUCUUGAAGAAACCAUGCAGCAACUUGCACAAAAUCAGAUGGAAUUUCAAAAGGCCAAUGCUCAGAUGCUUCAAGCUAUUGAAGAAACCAAGAAAGAGCAGCAAGUUCAAUCUCAAGCUAUUUCUAAGCUAGAAGUUCAAGUUGGUUAG